AUGCAUGCGGCAACGCUCCUCAAAACACUCGGGGAUGAGGAUGAGGACAAUGUCCUCGGCAAUCUGUUCCAUACGCUGUGCGAUCUCCUCGAUGUCAGCACGUGGUGCGUUGAGGAUCUCGCACAAACAUUCGAUGUCGCCGACGACGACGUGUCGUUCUUCUUCGUAACUGAGGUCCAUCAUGAUGAUGAAAGUGAUGGAUGA